UUGAUGUUUGCUUGCAGGCCAGAAGCGAACUCCUAGAAGAGGGGAGCAGCAAGGAUGGAAUGAUAGCCGGGGGACAGAGGUGACACUGGAUAGAGCCGAGCGGAGAUCCUACAGGGAAUAUCAACCUUAUGAGACCGAGAGGCAGGCGGACUUCACAGCUGAGAAGGUUACAGAAGAAAAACCAGUUGACAGAUUUGAUCGAGACAGACCCCUGAGAGGACGUGGAGGCCCAAGAGGGGGCCUGCGGAGCAGAGGCCGCGGUGGUCCCGGGAACAGAGCUUUUGAUCGUUUUGACCAAAGAGGAAAACGGGAAUUUGAGAGAUAUGGUGGGAAUGAUAAAAUAGCAAUCAGAACUGAAGACAACAUGGGUGGAUGUGGAGUUCGCACCUGGGGAUCCGGUAAAGAUACCAGUGACAUGGAGCCAGCUGCGCCUAUGGAGGAGCCCCCGGUGGUGGACGAGUCCCCGGACGCCCUGGAGGAGGGGUCUCCAGCCAAAGUUCCUGAAUUGGAGGUAGAAGAAGAAACUCAAGUUCAAGAGAUGACCCUAGAUGAGUGGAAAACUCUGCAAGAACAGACCAGACCGAAGCCUGAAUUUAACAUCCGGAAACCUGAGUCCACAGUCCCUUCCAAAGCAGUGGUGAUACACAAGUCCCGAUAUAGAGAUGAUAUAGUAAAGGAUGACUGUGAGGAUGAUGCCCAUGUGUUCCGGAAGGCGGCCAAUGACAUCACAUCCCAACUGGAGAUUAAUUUUGGUAACCUCCCUCGUCCGGGGCGCGGAGCCAGAGGUGGCACACGGGGAGGCCGGGGAAGGAUCAGAAGGACAGAGAACUAUGGACCCAGAGCAAACGUGGUGACACAAGACGUUGCUCCAAACCCGGACGACCCUGAAGACUUUCCUGCUCUGGCGUGACGCUCAGCAGCACCCGGGAAGAGACUUCUUGCUUGGGGAAGAGACUCAGAACAAUAGAUAUUGCUUUCCCCCCCUUGGUGUGAAUUCAUUGCACUUUGGGGGGAUGGGUGGGUGGUGUGGGGAGAGAUUUUCCAGGUACGGAGCUCUGUUCCAUUCGGGUUUGUCUGGCACUUUCCCACGGAGGAGGAGCGCGGGGUUAUAUUUUUAUUUAAGGACUCACAGGUGAAACAAUGUUCAGACUGUGCACAGACUGCCCGUGGGGGCCUCUCAGUCUACUGAGGAGGCGUAGAGACAGGCGGAGGACGCACGCACCGCGGUCAGUAAGGCCGCCGGGUGCAGAGCCCGAAACGGGCCUGCAGUUGACUUGCCUUUGACUAAAUGUCCCUCUCCUGGGAUUGUGCUGGUUUUCACUUGACCAAACAUAUUGUGCAGCUCUGGUCACCACUCGGA